CACCACUUCGCGUUCCAAGGCCACCUGAAAUCGUUUCGUGUCGGACGACGUUCCUACUGCGUGAACGUGUUACCCGAGCGCGCAUCUCGAGAACACCUCCUGCCAUGGCCCAGAUGGCGCAGAAGAGAAAGAUGACCGAAAGUUCAACGGCUCGCGGCCACGGCUCAGGCAACGAGGCAGGUCCUUCCAAGAAAUCGAAACAUACUGCACGCAAAAGCACCGGUGGCCAUCCUCCUAGAGAUUCAGCAGUUUCGUCAUCUCGCACGAAGGACGCAUACCAAUCACACGCAGCUGACGAAGAUGGUCAGCGAAAGAAGCGUCGCUAUCGCCCAGGAACAGUUGCUCUACGCGAAAUUCGCAAGUACCAACGUAGCACUGACCUGCUACUGCGACGAUUGCCCUUUGCUCGCGUUGUCCGGGAAAUCGCAUUAGAUAUGAUGACCGAUACCAACUACCACAUGGGGGACACGGGAUUACGAUGGCAAAGUUCCGCGAUCCUUGCGUUGCAGGAAGCAACAGAGGCAUUCCUCGUCCACCUGUUCGAGGACGCGAAUUUAUGCGCGAUCCACGCAAAGCGUGUCACGAUAAUGCAACGAGAUAUACAGUUAGCUCGCAGGAUACGCGGACCGUGGGGUGGCCUUGGUUAGCAACAGUGCUCCUUCGCUUUAACAAGUGGUAUUCAGUGGUGGGACUCUGUUCCUGCGAUUUUCUCUGUCAAGCGGAACGUGUGUUGCAUGUAGUUAGGUAGCAGAGAGUGCCGGACGUCUAUUUAUCAAGCUCCACACACAAUCCAUGCUGUUGUAACAGGAAGAAACGCUAGUUCGCACAUUGUU